AGCACUUCCACUCUCUCUUCGCCCCAUUACGUUUCUCCUCUCCCCAGACCUCACUUCCUCUUCCUUACCUUUCACCAUGCAGCUCUUGUCAUACGCCCUUAGCAGCCUCGUCUUGGCCACGUCGUUCUCCACCGCCUCUCCUUCCAACCUCUCGCAGAAUAUCACAGCGUGCGCUCGUGCCGCAUCGCAGCUGUCUUGCAGCGACACCAAGAACCCUGUCGACCCUACCUCUUUCGGGACGUGCUGCUACAACGGGGCCCUCAAGCCUGGCUUCAAGGAAAGCGGGCUCGUGCUCGCUACGCAAUUCUACGAUGCGAAGCCUUCGACGGGUCCCAAUGACUCCACGACUAUUCACGGCCUUUGGCCCGACUACUGCGAUGGCACCUACCCCCAGUACUGCACCGCCGACUCUGGCAUCCCUACGUACACGGGUGCACAGAUCGCCUCAUUGAUCAAGCAGUACUCUCCCAAGACGUACGACUACAUGACAGUGUACUACAAGGACAUUAGCGGAAAUGACGCUAGCUUUUGGGAGCACGAGUGGAACAAGCACGGGACGUGCUUCACGACGCUGAGGAGCUACUGCGUCGCUCCUCGCAACGGUGCCAACCAGACCGUGUCAGCCCUCGUCGGCUACUUUGAAGAGAUCGUCCAGAGGUUCCAAAAGCUUCCCACCUUUGACUGGCUCAAGGAGGCCGGCAUUGUGCCUUCGACGACGAAGACCUACAAGCUGACGGCGAUCCAGGAGGCCCUCGAGAAGAAGUUUGGCGCGACGCCAUACAUUGGCUGCUCUGGUGCCAGCAAGGCGAACCUCGACGAGUUCUGGUACUUCUACCACACCUACGGACCUAUCAUUGGUGGCUACUACGUACCCACGCCCUCGACGACCAAUUCCUCGUGUGCCGCAGAGGUGUCCUACCUUCCCAAGUAGAGACAUUGUACCCCCGCCAACUACAAUCCCGCUUCUUGCUUCACUUCACAGAUUUUGACUUGCUUUCAGUGUGAGGCUCGAGGCAGAGAGGAUGCCUUGCAAAAUAGCGU